UCUUGAAUGAUAUUGUAUUUCCUGGAAUUACAUUUAAAAUGAAAAAAAAAAACGUUACAACAAUAUUUGCGAACAAGUUUGAUGCAUUUUUUGGCCUCGUGAUGCUGCAAAUGUGUCAAUAUUUUGCUUGGCGAUAUUUUAAGUGAUUUUGGCAGUCUGUACGGAGUUUUUUCGCUGUAAAAGACAUUAAUCAGUUUAAUGAUAUUUUUCCGUGUUUUUUUUUCAUUUAAGAUCGGAACAAUGAAGGAAGUCGUGUGCAAAAAUUAUGACUUUUUUCCUAUCGGUGUUUGUUUAUUAAAUGAUUUGUGCCAUUGUUCUGUUCUAUUCAAUUCAUUAUUUUGAUUUAUCAAAAUUAUUCAUUCUUAUUUAAUGAUUUUAUUCAUUCUCACCGUAUCAAAUGGAUGAAUUCGACGAACUUCUUGACGAUUACCAUCGAUAUAUAUAUAUGCAUUUUAUACCGAAAAAUUUUCAGUUUCGAAAGAAAAAUCGAAUAAUAUCGCAUAGGCUAUUGGCGGUGAUAUUUAAUCAAAUAUUUUCAUUUCGACAUUUCGAGAUCCACAGCUCCAUUAUCUCAGGCUUUAUGAGGUAAUCAAAACACAAUAAAAGAAAUGGACGAAACGAUCAAAAAACGAAUUUACGAUCCACCAAAAUGUGUUUAAGUAACAAUCCGUUUGGAACAAUUUUGGUGCAUCGUUUAAUUAUUUUCUGAAUGGCUUCGUCUAUUUUUUUAUUGUUUUUUUAUUUUCCCUCAUGAAUCUUGAGAUAAUACCGAAAUAUUGACAAGAAAAUAUUUGAUUAAAUAUGACCGUCAAUGGCCUAUACAGUAUACACCACUAUUCGGGCGAGAUAAAUGGGCAUAUUGCAAUUAAAAUAAAACGCAUGUAUAGAUAGGACCAAUCUGAAUGUCCAGAUUCUCUGGUAUACUGGAGAGAAAAAAGUCAACAAAGAGUUUUGAUGUAAAUGUAAAGCCAUGUGAGCCCACAUCCAAUGAAAUUAGUUCAUUCAGACGAUAUUUGCCGCAGGUGUUGGCCAGCUCGGCAAAGAAUAUGUUAAUUGUGGAUUUUGGUUUAUCGAUUGCAUUUUCUACAAUUUUAAUUCCUGCAUUGUCUGGGCUGAAUCCAGCCCUCAAUCCAAAUGAAACACUUACCAUUACACCAGAUGAAGCAACAUGGCUUGCGAGCAUAACGGUAAUUUGUCAACCGAUAGGAGGAUUUACUUCGGGAUUUUUAACUGAGCCACUUGGAAGAAAGUAUGCCUUGAUAAUGGUCAAUAUUCCAUACGUGAUUGCCUGGAUAAUGCUAUACUAUGCAAAUUCAUUGACGAUGAUUUACAUUUCGUUCGUAUUGCUUGGCAUUGGCCUUGGAUUAAUGGAAGCGCCAAUUUUUACAUAUAUAGGCGAGAUCUGUGAGCCGAGCAUCCGAGGUAUUUUAACAGCUACAGCAAGCAUAGCGGCAGCGUUCGGGAUGGGUAUGGUCUACUUUUUGGGGACUCAAACAUCUUGGCGGAAUGCAGCAUUGAUUUGUGCCAUGAUACCAAUUCUGUCCAUCAUUUUCAUCUCGUUUAUGCCCGAAACGCCGUUGUGGUUACUUUCGAGAAACCGUCAAGAAGAUGCAUUGAAGUCAUUACAAUGGCUUCGCGGUUGGGUCGACUCAAAAACCGUUCGAAAUGAGUUCAAUGACUUGCAACGAUGCCGAAUCAGUGCCCAAAUAUGCUAUCAAUGUGAAAAACAAAAUAAAAUAUGCAAACAUCCUCCGCCGACCAUACGAGACAAAGUCCGAGAUCUUUUUCGCCGACGAACUCUGCGUCCAUUCAUUUUACUUGCGAGUUUGUUCUUUUUUGCCGCUUUUUGCGGCAUCUCACCGUAUCGCCCGUACAUCGUUCAAAUUCUAUACUUCUACAAAUCACCAAUCGAUCCAAAUCAAGUGGUUGUCUGGCUUGGAUACAUUGGAUUCGCUGCAAAUAUUAUGCUAGUUAUAACUAUCCGGUCGUUUGGAAAACGCUCAAUUUAUUUGUGUUCAAUGGCUUUUAUUAUUCUAAUUCUAUUUGGACUAGGAAUUUACGGCUUCGUUUACCUCCCGUUAGAAUCAACAUCGUUUGACAUCAAUUUGAACUCAACUCAUGUGGAUGAAAAUGCACCAGCCAUUCAAUACUUUCCCAUCGUAGCAUUCCAAAUGCUCCAGUGUCUGGGCAAUUUCGGUGUUUCAUCUAUUCCGAACAUGAUGCUUUCUGAAGUCUUUCCAUUCAAGUCGAAGGCCUUUGCAACUGGUAUUGUUGGCGCGUUAUUCUAUUUGUCAAUGUUUUUGGCAUCAAAAUCAUUUUAUGCAUUGGAAGUUCUGCUGACACUUCCUGGGCUGAGCAUUUUUUAUGGCUUCUUAGGUGUUGUUGGAUUCAUUGCAAUGUACCUGACGUUACCAGAAACCGAAGGACGAACUCUGGAAGACAUUGAGAGCUACUUUUCGGACCGAAAACGUAAACUCAAUGACAUCAACAUUCCUCACAAAAAUGAAAUAUCAUAACAUGUUAGAAUUACUUUAUUCAAUAAAGUGAACAAUUUUUGAGAUUGAA